AAUAAACUCACCAACUGGGGAAGUGAACGACACAUCAUCUGCUGCGACUAUCAUAGAGAGAGAGUUCGCAUGUCGUCUUUGUUUUCCAUCGGUGAGGACGAGCUGGACCUCGAUGAUGAGGAUUGUUUGUUAGCAGUAUGCAAGGGAGAGAGCACUGUGGACUCUAUUGCAGAUAAUUCUAAGAAAAAUACAAAUUCAAACCAAAACCAGCCAUUUACAAAUACAAAAGCACUCUUGAGGACAAAAGAAGUGGAGAAUUUCAAUAAUUACUACUCACGGAGGCCAUUUGAAUCUCUCAAUAACCGAGACAAUUUUGAUAGAGUUGUUGAGAAGAACACACAUGUAACUUCCAUAGAACGAUUACGCAAAGGUGCAUCUUUUACAGACACAACAGACUGUCAAGGGAAUAUUGCUGCUGCAGUGGGUAAUGGAUGUACUGAACCCUUGGCAAAGAGAUUUGCAAUAGAUCAAAUAUCAGUGUCUAAAACUCUGUCUGAAAAUAGAACCAGCUUGUCACAUUCAAUUAAUGCACCAGCAGCCCAGAACAUUUGCAGUUCCUCCACAUUCCUGCACCAUGCCGCAUUGAGAGAUUCUUGUAAUUUUGGACAGCAAAACUUUGGAUCUAAUUCAGCAUUGCUUGAAACUGGUAAAAGAAAGGAUCUUUCUCAUAAUAACUCUUCCAAGUGUAAUCUUGCCUCAAGCUUCUCUACCAAGAAAGGAAUUCCUGGAGAUAACCAGGGUUCUUUGAACAGUCUUGGAAAAGUACCAUUUCAUGGUGGAAAUGUUACAAAUUCUGUUACCAGUACUUCUGCUUUACAGCAGAGAUGGUCCCCAAGAAGCUCACCUGUAAUGAAUUAUGAAACAAAGGGUUUUCCUAAGCAAGUGAACAGAACAAACUCACCAUUGUGCAACCAGUCUGUAGGGAACAUGUCCUUCAGCCUCAACAAAGACAUGAUAGGGAAUAAAGCCCCUGAAACUCCUCAGAUGCGCAGAACUUUGGAAGUUGCAGGCCUUAGUACACCACGCACUCACCAAACUAUUACACCAGCUGUAGGCAAGACAGAUGCAAGAACUCCAUUUAGUGGCAAAACCCCACAGGCACGAAAAUUUCCAGGACCUGCUGGGCUUCUACCAAAACUGAGUCCAGGUCAAAAUCUGGAUGAUUCAUCUGUUGUCUCACCACUUCCUUCCAUGAGAAAAAAGUCUCCAACUGAAAACAAAGUGCAAGCUUCUCAGUCAAAUACCUUAGAAGAUGAAGAUUUUAAUCAUGAUCCAUGGACUUUCAUGCACCAGGAAUUUAUAAAAAAUGUUCCAAUGGCAAUGAGAUACACCAUUAUCAAGGUUUAUACUGAGGCAAUUCAACAAAGACUUCAUCAUGGCAAAGUGCCCUGCCUCUGUGCUCUGGUCAAGGCAUUUUCAUUGACGGAAGCAGAUGCUAGUGUUUUGCUUAAAGAUCCCACAGGUGAGAUUCAUGGCACUCUACAUCGAAAAGUUCUUGAAAAUUACCAGACUGAACUGGCGCCUGGUGCAGGCCUAAUACUCAAACAUGUGUCUGUGUUCAGUCCUGCCCCCAGGAAGCAUUAUCUCAACAUAACUCCAGGCAAUAUUUUACAGAUCUACCCACCUGACCCUCAGUUCAUCAGUAACAGCCAAGCUCUGGCCUCUCAGUGCACGCAGAAAGAGAACAAACAAGAUCAACAAAGGGUUGUCAUAGAAGAUGAGAAUAUUAGCGAAAAAGAGGAAUGUGGUUCUAGUAAAUUGGUGAAUACCUCAGAAGAACAGACGACUGUAACUACAGAGCACGAAUGGUUUCAGCAAGAUUGCAUGGAUGACCUUUUGGAAGGCCUUGACGAUGACGAAGACUUUCUUGACGAGGCAUUGCUCUUGUAGAAGUAAGACCUGAAGUUGUGCAGCAGAGGUACACAGCUGUAUCGUUUUAUCUUGUAAGGUGAAAUGGUUGAAAAUUGUCUCAAAAAGCCGGGGAAAAUUUCCAGUGUCGUAACUUAUAUAACUUGUAUAAGAGUUACAAGAGGCUGAGAAAUGGGAACAGGAUUAACCCUGACUCAGCAAGUGAAUGGCGUUAAAGGGUAUAGUAUGAUGUGUAAGAGGUUGUGAUAGUUCGUUAGUCAGAAAUACCUCUAAGAGCUUACUGUAUACCAACUCGAUGUAAAGAUCACGCCAAUAUUAUGGGCCAGCGGUUUUCUCUGGUCUAAUUUUUAAGAAACAAUCACGUGUUCUCCUAACGUCUCUUUCUCAACGAGGUGAAAGUUAUGCUUUCCCGUUCGGUUAUUCCUCAAACAUUAGACAACUCCCGAGUUCUAAAACCCUCACUUUUGAAAUGAGGCUUGAAGCAAAACCUUUCUUUUGAAAAUGAUCUCGAUCUCUCGAAAAUGAUCUGUUAACUGUCCGCGAAUGAAUGCCGAAGACCUUCACCGUAAAAAUACUUUAACGUAAGCCAUGUCAUACGUGAAAAAUAAGAAUGUUAUUGAGUGUAGGUAUCCAGAAUGAUGAAUUAGAAAUAAAAAAAUCCAAAGAGGAAGUAUUAUUUGGAACAGAGGUUUGAAAACGUUUAAGAGAUGAGGACUUAACAGGAAGUAAACCUUGUAUUAUUUGUUGUACCAUAAUUUAACCUUUGUGAAUAAAGGAAUUUAGGAAGAGAAAGGAGGCUGAGUGUUGCUGGUGAGCCUUUGUCUUUCUGAGCCAGGAAGUCUCUUCCAAUCCUUGACGGUAUUUAAAUAGAAAUUUAUUUUAACCAAAGCAGAAACGAUUCUAAAUAUAUUUCUUUAAUAACAGUUAUUGUAAAA